UUCCACGGAUGUUGAGAGUUACUGUUUAUAAAUCUACAGCCGAAACUUUGCAGUGAAACCCAAGUUUCUGAUAACUCCACGGUCACCCGAAGGCAGCACAGGUCCACCCGCCGGUUGCGGUGAUAUUGAGAGGUCAAUCGGCUUCAAAUUGAAGCGAAACAGGAAGCCAAGAUGUCUGGAGAGCUGUCAUUCAACAUUAAUAUCAAAGAGCCACGAUGGGACCAGGGAACGUUUAUGGGCCGAGCCAAGCAUUUCUUCAUGGUCACAGACCCCAGGAACGUCCUCCUGUCCUCUCAGGCUCUGGAGGAGGCCCGAGUGAUUGUGGAGAACUACAGAGCUGGUAUCGUGACGCCCGGCCUGACGGAGGAUCAGCUGUGGCGAGCCAAGUACGUGUACGACUCCGCCUUCCACCCCGACACCGGGGAGAAGAUGUUCGUGAUUGGCCGGAUGUCUGCUCAGGUGCCCAUGAACAUGUCCAUCACUGGCUGCAUGCUCACGUUCUACAGGACAACUCCGGCUGUGGUGUUCUGGCAGUGGGUUAACCAGUCCUUCAACGCUGUGGUCAACUACACAAACCGCAGUGGAGAUGCACCCAUCACUGUCAAUCAGCUUGGUGCGGCCUACGUGAGCGCUACUACCGGCGCCGUGGUCACCGCCCUGGGACUCAAGUCUUUGGCCACGCGUCUCCCGCCAAUCGUCAGCCGCUUCGUGCCAUUCGCUGCCGUGGCCGCCGCAAACUGCAUCAACAUUCCCUUCAUGAGACAGAGGGAGUUGAAGUACGGCAUUCCCGUGACAGAUGAGAAUGGAAAGCGGUUAGGCGAGAGCGUCAGUGCGGCCCAGCAGGCCAUCAUGCAGGUCGUGGUGUCCAGGAUCGGCAUGGCAGUGCCGGCCAUGGCUAUCCCCCCCGUCAUAAUGAACGCUUUGGAAAAGCGAGCCUUCAUGAAGCGCUUCCCAAUUCUAAACGCUCCGGUCCAGGUGGGGCUUGUGGGCUUGUGCCUGGUGUUUGCCACGCCUUUGUGCUGCGCCCUGUUUCCGCAAAAAAGUUCUAUGAGUGUGAGUGGGCUGGAGGCGGAGCUUCAGGAGAGGAUACGACAAAGCAGCCCGAGCACCAGCAUGGUCUACUUCAACAAGGGCCUGUAGUAUGGUACCAAGCCAUUCAUUCAUACUUUUAGUUGGUCUUCUGCAGUGUAUUUUGGAUGUUGCUAACGUUACUGAUGUGUGCGUUUUAACGAUUGAACCGAUUUGACGUGAAUGUAACAUCAACCAUUGAUCGUAUUAGGUGCACCGCUACACUGGAACCUGUGAUUUACUUUUAUUCGUAUAGCUCAAGCCUAUUCUCCCUGGUCAACUGGUGCACCUUCUUCCUUGUCAACUUCCCUUUAAGUGAAGUACACUUAAAGGGAAGUACAGACCUUUUUAUUGCACAUUUUAUUAUUAUGUUUAUGAGUCGCUUCUACAAUUAUGAAGAAGUGCUACAACAUUCGGCAGAUUACAACGUGCCCUAAAUACGAGUUUGCCCGCUUAGCUAAUUUGACACUUGAGCAGCGGGGUUUUACAUGUGACCAUAGCAUCCCAAAGGUCCUGUGCACUAUUUUUCAGGAAUUUUAAAGGAAAACUGAUUUUUUUUUUGGAAUGUUUCCCCAUCAUCUACAAGCCUUAUGAGACAUGAACACAUAGCUCUCUUUUCUGUGCGUUUUAAAGAUAUAAAAACAGCUAACCAGAAGUAGCCAAAAAAAAAUGCACACAAUGGGAAGCACCUAUAAAGCCCUCUGAAAAGAACCUCCAUUUACAUAACAUGAGCUGCAUAUUAACCAAGCUACAGUGGUGCUAUUGUUAUUAACAUGGGUACACCCAAGAACUACGUGGUGUAGUGACACCUCGCCAGUGGUCCCAGGCCAUUAGCGAAAGCUGCCGCCACUGCUGUUUUUUUUAUUUUAGAGUUUGGAAAAAUCUGACGCUAGGUGUGGCUUUUCUUUCUAUGUUGCUAUGUGACAUCAAUGCACCCAGGCAGGGUACGAGUUCCGUUAAUGUUUGAAAAAGACCACAAUACAGUCAAAAUACCGUAAUUAUGAGAUGUUAUCAUGAAUGUGACUGUGACUACAUGCCCACAGCAUGGACUUAAAAGCACAAAACCUUGGAGGUUUUCAGAGGUCUUUUAAUUCCGGGCUUUCUAGGUUUAGGUGUGUCCCAUUAAGUGCAUUAAUUAGCUGCCUCUGGGCGGUGAAUUGUCAAAUUUGCAACAUUGGCCAUGAUGCAUUUUCAAAAAAACGAGUUGAAAAAAAAAAAGACUUCACUAGACCUGAUGUUUGAGACUCCAGAGGGGUUUGUUUACUAUUUUUAGUUUUCGGAGGUAGACUGCAGGUGUCCAAAUAUGACGUGAUGAUAAAAUACCGUCUCAUAUACCCCCCAAAAAACCUUGUCUGAAUAUAAGAAAGUCAACUUAUCAAAUGGUCUGAUAACUAGCUAAAUAUUGUAAACCAGUCACAAAUAUGAGCAACACGUAACAAGGAUUAUAUAUGAAAUUCUAUAUGCAUUGAUGUAAAUGAUAAGUGGAUGUGGGGUCUUCUUUAAAAGGUGUACGUUUGUGUGACGGAAAGGGUCAACUAGGACAAAUGUGUGUGGUGUUUUUGCUGUGUUGGCUUGACAGGGUUUUUAUUGUUAUGCUUUAUACAUAUAAGCUUUUUGUGUCAUGCUAUAUCAUAUUUAUAAUAUACUGUAGAAGUAUUUAACCUGUAGAAGUGAUGUUUUUAACUUUUAAAUCAAACAAAAGGGGGGUGUGCCUGUGAAUGCACCAGGAAGCUCCUCAAAGUUCAGGGUCCUAUUUUUUUUUAUUUAUUUUUUCCAUCAACUUGAUAGUCAGAUUUCACAGGUUAGUUUUCUCCACGUGCGCACACAUGCUAACUGGAGCUAAAGCACUGUUUUUUUAAUGGUUUCAUUCCAAAGUGUUGGCAAUGGCCUCGUAUUGUAUGAAAUAACAGCUAAUAGUCAAAACUGUGAUUUUCAGCUGUCCAGUGUUUCAUUGUACUACAUGAUAUCAGAUAUGAUGGUAAGCUGCUCACAACUGGAAACCAGUGCAGUGGAUCCCUGCCCAUUUGCAGGUUGUUGGUCAAGAAAUGACUUGUAAUUAGCGAAUACGAUAAUCCACAGGUGAGAUCGACCGAUACCGAUCACAUGUAUCAACUGUGCAUGAUUCUAUUUAUUUAUGACGAGUGCUAUUCCAAGGACCUCUUGCCAAUGGGUCAUUAUUAAAAAAUAAACUUUUGGGCAAAUUAAAAAAAAAAAUAAAAAAAAAUUUGUACUAUUUGACAUAAACCUGAAUUUUAUUUGAUGCAUGCUUGAGUAAUAUCAAUACAACGAAAAUAGAUUUUUACUCAAAACAACAAAAUACAGAAUAAGAUACAAAUAAAUAUCUUUAUUCAAUAGAAAUGUGGCCCGCUUAACUAAAGAACUUAUUGGAGUUGUCAACUAAUGGAUUUAUUCCAUUUGUAUCAUAUGACUUUACCACUCAAAGAGUGUGGCCAUGGUUUUUGUUACUUUGUGCUUUUUGGUAGAAAGUCAUAAAGUCUGAAUUCAACAGCCGCUCUAAAAACCUACUAAGAGUCGAAGCGCACACAGUAUUUGGAGGACAUAAUCGGUACCAUGUGCAAAAACACAUAUGGGCAUGCCUCGGGUGUGUCUUGGAACAUCACCCCAGCAAAUAGCAGGGAUCACCUGUACACCUACUGUAUAUUCUGCUGCAAUGGUAAAAAAAUAUAUAAGAUUGCACAUGGAGAGUGUGCAAAAUGAACCGUAUGUUACUGCGGGUACAGGGAACAGUGUAUCGAAAGUAAUGACCCCUAUGCUGCACUCCUGUUAAGUGUCAACAUGUAUCCAAAUAUGGACAAGUAGGAUUUGUUCAGGACUAAAGAAAGGUUUUGUUUUAUCACCAGCUUUAUUAUGUCUUUAUGCACCAUGUGACUAUGCAUAUUAUGAAACUAUUGUAUUCAUCAGAAAGUCUUUGAUUGUAGUGGCAUCACCACCCGACCUCAUAUAUGUUGUCUAGCAUGACAUCAUUCAAGGCACAAAAUGUUAGACAAUCCGUGCUGUUACACUCCACCAAUGUUUUCACCUCCACGUUAAUGCUGUCAGUAUUGGUGCAGUGUGUACUCUCCCUGUUUUCUAUGGUCUUCACAGCAAUAAAAAAAAAAGAUGUGACUUGUGUCUUCAAAAUGAAUCCGAUUCAUGCUUGACCUCACUUCAUUAGGUAUACAAUCCAAUACAGAAAAACUCCUAAAAACCCUUAAAAGUGCAGUGUCAAUAUACACUGUACCUUGACAUUUGAGUAGGUAUACUGUGCUCAACUAAGUGGAUCACUUACAGUUUUCGGUUUGAUAGCUAGCACAUUCUACGAGGGAAAUGAACGAGAACACUUUCUUUGGAUAUUUUUGUCCCUCGAACAAAAUCAGACAUUGACACAAAGUCAAAAGGUGUGUUUUAAUGUCUUUAGAUUUUUCUUUUUUUUCUGUGAUUUUCAAUAUAAACUUCUUUUUUGAUGGGGGCCGGGGCUAAUAUUGUGCCAACCCACCCCAAAUGUUUUAAUGUUUUAGUUCCCUGUGACCCUUGUGAGGAUAAGCGGUAGAAAAUGAAUGAGUUCUCCUAUUUUGUGUGGAAGUGGUAACUUUUUGGCUUCUUAUUUUGUCUUUCCCAACCUUCGGCCAUCUAUGUGUGGAGUUUGUAUGUUCUCCCCGUGCAUGCGUGGGUUUUCUC